CUUAGAAAAAUAAUGCUCUCAAAAUGAAGCAAUUGCUUUACAUUGGCAUCGAGAGUUACGAUGAGUACGGAACGUGCGAGUUACGGGUUACGGGUUACGAGGAGUUGCGCUUCAUCGGAAGGCGUCCGUUCAGCACAAACGAGACGCCACAAAACGAAGUGAACGACGGCACUUUGAUCGAGAGCGAAACAGCUUGUGGAAUGCUCACGUACAUCGCGUUUAUCGCCGCUUCUCGCAUUGCUCCCUUCCUCAAAUGCGUAUCAUUAAAACACGAAUUAAAGAGACCGCGCGAACUAGCCUCAGCAUCAUCACCACAGGGUCUCCCGUACUCUGCGUACGGGGGAAGUUGGGGAGAGAGUACGAAAUCAAGCGAGACGAUGCGAGAUGCGAGUAGUUUUUCUCGUUGAGGCCGCUGAUCGAGAGCUCGUCUCGCCGACACCCGAGAAAGAGAGAAAGAGAGAGAGUUCUAAUUCGCGAAAUCUUUAGACAGGU